CCCUCCAAAGUACCGUCUAAAAGGGUGGUGGGAAUCUCCCGGAAACAUGAAGUUCGAAUUCCUUGAGGUUGAUUCCCUCUUCAACAAACCACCUUCCAGAAUUCAGAAACCACUGUUUCUUCGAGGAAAGGCCUGACCACGGGCGUAUUGCAAGCCACUUUUACAUCAAGUGUGAUUCAGUAGAAAUAUUUAAUGACCUGAUGAGAGAUGUUAUGGAUGAAGCACAGAUCUUAGCCAUGAUAGCACAAUCAUCGGAAUUUGAGCAACUUAAGGUUCGAGAUGAAGAGCUUGAUGAGUUGGACACACUAGUGCAUCAAAACUGCGAAUAUCCUGUCUCAGGGGGAAGUGAAAACUUGCAUGGUAAAGUCAACAUCUUACUUCAGACGUUCCUCUCUAGGGGGCGGGUGAACGCGUUCUCACUCAUAUCAGAUUUAGCCUAUAUCACACAGGUAAAGUUAAUAAAAAUAAUAUUUAUGUUGUAUGUAGUGUUUAAGUUAUUCAACUCAUUAUGGUAACUUUAUACCUACGCA